AAAGUGCCUAUGAUGAGAAGUGAUGAUCAGGAGGUGGACAAAGACAACGCCGAGAGUUGUCUAAAUGGUUUUUUACCGACCGACAUGGAGCUUGAGGACUUCGCUGCUGACGUGGAGACACUACUCGGUCGCGGCUUAGACACAGAGUAUUAUACUAUGGAGGAACUAGGAUUAUCUAAUACAGAAAUGUUUAAAGUAAAAAAAGACAAUGAUCGGGAUGGAACAACGAUGCCGUUUGAUCUGAACUUUGGUUUCUAUUCACAAAACACAUACGAAGAAGAUGCAAUAAAGAAUGUUGAAAGUAGUGGUGAAUGUGUUGAGGUGAAAGAGGAGGAGCAAAAGAAUGUUCUAAUGUUGAAUUUAGACUACGACCUGGUGAUAUCAACUUGGGGAGGCCAAGGUCUACCGUGGACAUCAGGAGGGCCACCUGAUAUAGGCAUCACCGGUUCGCCAGCUGUUUCUAUGGUGGGAAAGGGAGGAGGAAGUCAUAAGAAGCGUAACGUUGGUGGAUGUUUACUCUCAAGUGUGGUUGGGGAUGGAGGAAGAGAAGCUAGUGUUUCGAGGUACAAAGAAAAGAGGAGGAAGAGAUUGUUUACGAAGACGAUAAGGUACGAGGUACGUAAACAGUAUGCAGAGAUAAGACCUCGCAUGAAAGGAAGAUUCGUUAAGAGAUCUUCGCUUGCUGCUUCUGCUGGAAAUUCACCAUUAGGUGUGAAUAACUGACUUGUAAUGUCUCAAUUUACUUCUUUCGGAAAAAAGAAUUUAAAGUUUUAGU